AUGCUCUAUCUAAAAUUGAUUAACUGCGAAAAAUCAGGCAAAAAGAGAAAUCGGAUUUCUUUAAAUGUUUUCAUAAAAAUAAAAAUUUUCCUUUUAUGUAUACUUUUUGUGCUUUUGAAAAAUGAAGAUAAUGUAUGCCAAAUAAGUGAGAGACUCCCGGGAGAAGAUGUGUGUCCAAUGAGGUUCUCUCCUGUGGGAGGGAAUGAAAAAGACGAUGAUAUGAAAAUAAGCACAUUGAAAAGAAAACAAGGGGAAAAUAUAAAUUUUUCAGAUGAAGCAUGUGCCAAUAUUAGCGUUACCCAUGAUGAUAUAUCCCGUUUAAACGUGUUUGAAGAUGCAUACAACCUUUUUUGCGGAGCAAAUUUUGUUAAUGAGAAGUAUUUGGUGCUGUUUGGGUGUUCUGAUAAGAGGUUGACUUACCGGAAAAGAGGACACACUUCCAGAAUCCUGCGCGAGAGAGUAAGAAGGAAUGCGUAUUAUGAAAAUGGAAGGGAAAAUACCGAAUUCAGUGUGGAUUCGCGUGGAGAAAACGAAGGUGAGAAUGAAGGUGACGACGAGGAAAAUAGGAAUCAAUUGCCGUCUGCGUCGAAUGAGGUAUCCGAAGGAAUGAUUUUCUUCUGUUUUAUCUUUAUCUCCGCGACUAUGCUUCAAUUUAUCCUUUCCAAAAUAAACAGACUGAAUAUCCCUGUUUCAGUAAUAUGGUUUCUAUAUGGAAUGUGCACGUACGUAAUAGCAAAAAAUUUUAACAUGUUUGAAGAGAAUGCUUUACAUAAGUCUAUUAUCAACGCAAGGAACAUCGACUCGUCCGUUCUUUACUUUGUUCUGUUGCCAAUUUUGCUAUAUGAAGCCACUCAGGACAUAAAUUAUUAUGCUUUUAAGAAUUUUCUCUAUGGUGGAAUAGGAUUAGCAGUUAUAGGGGUAGCAUUACAAGUAGGUAUACUGGGUAUUAUGUUUUACUAUUCCUUCAUGUAUAGGCAAGAGCAAUCUCCCCUAAGUAGCAGUUUUCUGUUGGCCUCCAUCUUAUCGUCAACAGAUCCAGUGGCAGUUCUCUCCAUUUUGUCAGUAGUGGAUGCGCCCUCAAAGAUAAGUUCUAUGUUUCAUGUGGAGUCGUUAAUAAAUGAUGGAAGUUCUGUAUUAUUAUUUCAGUUUUUUUUUUAUUUAACUAUAGGGUAUAAGGCCAACGCAUCUCAGUAUGUAAUUCUAUUUGUGAAGUUAUUAUUUUUAAGCCCCGUAUUUGGCAUAGGGAUGGCUAUGUUGACAUUUGCCUGGAUAAAUUUGUAUAGAAAAUAUUACUACAAUCAGUGUCUAGCUACCAUAACUAUGUGCUACUUGAGUUACUUUGUGUCUGAGUAUUACUUUAACUUGUCUGGUCCUUUGGCAAUAGUUUGUUAUGGUUUAUUUAUUAACGCGUAUGGCCAUAUUGCCCUGGACGAAGUGGCACAGAGAAAGCAUAAAGAAAUUGUAGAGCUUCUCGCCCUCAUGGGAAACUCAAGCAUUUUCAUCAUAUCAGGAAUAGUUUCGUUUGGGAUGAUGGAAAAUGUUUUCAAGGACAACUUAUACUUUUUCAUGUACAUCGUAUUGACAUAUAUUUAUUUAGUAUUGGCAAGGUCCAUUAUGAUUGUAAUAUUUACUCCCUUUUUAUCAAGAAUUGGGUACCCUAUAAAUUGGAAGGAAAUAUUGCUCCUAAUAUGGGGAGGAUUACGAGGGGGUAUUGUACUAGUCCUAGGAUUACGGAUAGAAGCAGAAAAUAAAAUUAACGACAAACUGACUAAGGAGUUGGCUUACUACAUUAGUGGUAGUGUAUUGUUAAUACUGACAAUUCAGGGGUUAACUUUUGAGUGCUUGUACAAAAUGUUAAAUAUUUAUCCACCCAAUCCGUUUAGAAUUGUUUACUUAGAGAAGGUACUAAAAAUGAUUGAUUACAAUUUCUAUAUUAGGAAGAAGAACUUAAAAAAUUACUGGCUCUUUAAAGGCACAAACAUUCUUCACUUUUCCAACAAAAUUGUGCCUGAAUUGUAUUGGAGGAAAAUGAACAAAUAUGGAGAAUUCGAUUUGAGGUUGCCAGAUAUUUAUGCUUGUCUGCAGGAUAUAAGUUCGUGUGAUAUUUCUUUUUGGGAACGUGCUUACGAUUCGCAGACAGUGAUUGAAAGUUUCGAUGACAUUUCUUCGUAUGGACAGAGCAGCUUUCCUAAUAAGAAGGAGAAUAGGAUAAACCCAGGAGGGGAAAAAAAAAGUGAUAAUAAAAAUUCAGGCCAUUCCUCCAUCACUAGGCGUAUUCUACAAAAAAAUGAAUUUUCGAGUGUUCUAAAAAAUGACACCCUCAACGAUGGAGGCACCCCGAAUGGAAGGAGUGUUGAAAUCUAUGCAGGAAGGGAAAAUCCAAGUUCCGGAAAAAUGAGAAAAAGUAUAUACGAAGAGGUUAAGUGGAAAAACAGCAAUUUUACGGACAUAGAAUAUGAAGAUAAUAGUGAUGAGUAUAGUUACAUAAAUAACGAAGACAGUAAUAGCAGGAAGAAAAGGAUAAGAGAAAAAAUAAGAAUGAAAAACAAUGGUAGUAGGAGACAGCGAGUAGGGGAAUUCAUGUCCAGAGGAAAAAGAAGCUUGGAUAAUUUUUCGCAGAAAGGAGAAAUGAAAAUAAAUAUCAUCAGAAAUAAUGACAACUAUUUCAGUAGUAACGAUGAAGACGAACAUAAUUACACCAAUAUAAACUAUUCACUAUCAUCCAAAAAUUUAGAUAAGCUCAGUAACCAUCUGAAUGAGCUCUCAGAUAACGAAUCAUGCUACACAGAUAAGGUGUGUGAGAACAGUAAAAUAAAAAAUCUGAAUGCUUUUAACUAUGCCAAGAUUUCCAUAAAAACGUAUGACCGCCUUAUAAACAAAAUGAAUUAUCGAGAAUUUAAGAGAACCAAAACGGAGAAAGAGAACUUCACUGUCAUUGAUAGUAUCGUUGAUAACAAGAACGAGGAGGCCUUCAAUCCAAAGUACAAUUUAAGAUUAAUCGAACACGCCACGGAUUUACCCAAAACGUUAAGUGACAAUUUGCUUGUUAGGAGCAGUGUAGAGAAUGAGAAAGGUAGUAAUGGAGACCUCAAAAAUGGUGCGCAAGAUUACAGCGAGAAGGAAAAGAAGAAAAAAAAAAAUUUUAAUAUUUUGCAUGAACAAGGUUCGCUGAAGGAGGGCAAUUGGGGCAAAGAAAUCGAUUCGAUGAAAGAAAGUGUGAUGGGAAGAAACCCAGAAGGAGAAAAACAAUACGUACAAAAUGACAUCAGGCCUGGGGAGGAGCACCUAAUAAAGAAUAUAAAUUAUGAAAAUAUCACAAAGAUGGACGAAAAUUUGCUAAACAACUACAAGGAUUUGAAAAGAAUCGUAGAGGGUACUAAUGAAGACACACCAGGGGUAACUAAGGCAGAUCAAGGGGAGAACGAGUUACUGAUGAGCGACAAUUUUAUUAUAAAAAUUCAAAAGGAAAAAUCACAUGAAUGCGAGGAGGAUGAGGAGAAGGAUUUUGUGAAGGACGAAAGGGGAGAAGGACAUGAAAAUGAUUUAGAAGAAAAAGACGAUGAAGCGGAAGAAGAAGAAGGAGACAUUAAAAACUGCAUCACAUGUGUUACAAAUGAAGAGGGUAACGUGGUGGAUGAUAUUAUAAAUUAUGAUGGAAGUGAAAGCAAAAAUAACGAACAUAAUUUUGAGGAAUACUUAACAUAUAAAAAUUUAUUCGCCAUGGACAGCGAUGGGAAAAGAAUAUCGUCCUUCUUCAACAAGAACUAUGAUAAGAAAAGCUCUCUAAAGAUGGAGAUGAAAAACUCAUCGGAACUGAACAUUUCUACCAAGGGAACUAACAGCAAAACGUUAAUGUUAAUGAACAAUGAAAUUGAGAAAAGGAAAAGGAUGAAAAAUAUGAAUAAGUCAAAGUGCGCUUCCUGCACAGGUAUGUUUGAUUUCACUAUAUCUCCGCGAACAAGAAGGGAUAGUAAUCCGAGUGCGUUAAAGGUGAAUGGCAAUAAAGGGGGAAAACGUAAAAAAGGCGAUAUCCAAAACUGUGCUGAUGGUGAGAGUGAAGACUUCCUCAAUGGAGGUAGCCAAAACGGAAGAAUAAGUCGAAUUAACUCGAGCAGAAAAGGAGGCAAUGAUAACUCUGUGAGUAAUAAUAACAACAGUAAUGGAGAUUUCCUCGAUGGAGGAAAGGGAAUCCCCAAAGUGCAAAGAAACAACACAGCAGAUUUCACGGCAAAAAGGUAUGACACAGAUCGCACGAUAAAUUUCGAAUGCAUAGAAGAUGUGUGUCAGAAGAAACAUGUUGCUACUUUUUACAGCUUUUUAAAAAGACCGAAAAUGAAAAUAAAAAAUAAAUUAUUCAGCGAAAUAAGAAGGGCAAGAAGCCACGAAAGUUACGGUAAAAGUCAAGAUAAGUCGAGGAAGUCCAAGGAUGAUGUUUUUUACAGCUCACUCAAAAAAAAAAUUGUUCGAAAAGAAAGAGAGGGUGAACUGUAUAUCAUGAUAUUUAAUACUUGCAGAGAAUUAUAUAAAAAGUUAUAUGUUAACGGAUUCAUUUCGGGUGAAUGUCUAUUAACACUUACAUCGAUUCUAGAUUUGUCUGCUGAUUUUGCGUUGAAAAAAGUACGGAUGAACCCAAUUAAAGCAUGGGCAGAUGCUUUUGAUAAAGGAAAAAACAAAAAUAGCAACAAAAGGAGGAGGAGCAUUGACCAUAGAAAUGGGUUUGAAUACGAAUUUAACGUGCUACUAUCAAAACUAAAAAUUAAUACAAAGCAUUCAUUUUUUUUCUCUCCCAAAGUGGUAAAUAUAUUUCUUGUCUAUGAACACUGUAUGAAAGAUCUUCAGAUUAUUCUCUCCUAUGUGGACGUUCAUCAGUGCACACUGGAUAAGGGGGGAAUUACUAUGAAGUUAUUACUAGGAAAAAACUUGCUCAGGAGUUACUACAGAAAUAUAGAGCUCGCAAAGAGCCUGAUACCGCACCUGGUUAAUAAGUACAAGGACGUUGUGAAGUACUGCCUCAUUAAGAUAGGCGCGGAUAUGCUCAUGCAUUUGAAGAAGACGAUCGUCAAUGAGCAAGCUGCAAAUGGAUUGUUAUUAACCCAGGACAACGAAAAAUUGAAUGGCAUUUUCGAUGAGCAACAAAUUAAAAUUAAUAGAUAUAGGCCUUAUUUGCAUUAUUUUCUAAAAAAGAACAUGUUCAAGAUGAUUAUUAAGUAG